GGAGGAGAGUUACUCAUGGCCUAUGAGACAGAGGAUCAUAAGACUCAAUACUGCUUUCCUACCAAUAACUCAUCAUGUAUCAAGGCAAGGCGCUCUAGAUAUGAAUAUGAUUUAAUGUACGUUUCUUUUUCAUUGCUGUCAGCAUGGACUGUGUUUCUGAAUCUGUUGGUGAUCAUCUCCAUCUCUCACUUCAAGAAGCUCCACACUCCAACCAACCUGCUCAUUCUCUCUCUGGCUGUGGCCGACCUGCUUAUUGGACUUAUUGUCAUGCCAAUUGAAGCUAUCAAGCUAAUUGAGACGUGUUGGUACUUUGGAGACACUUUCUGCAGGCUGUUUUUAAUAAUCUUGGGGCUGCUCCUUACAGCAUCUCUUAGCAAUUUAGUUUUAAUUGCUGUUGAUCGUUAUGUGGCUGUGUGUCACCCUUUACUGUAUCCACAGAAAAUAACCACAGCUAGAACAUUAAUUACUGUCUGUCUUAGCUGGAUAUGCUCCUCAUUUUAUAACUUUGCAAUUGUAAUAAUUAUCUCACACAGAACAGACAUGUGUUAUGGCGAAUGUAUUGUAAUGCUUAGUUUUGAAGGGAGAGUUGCUGAUUUAUUUGUUUCCUUCCUGUUUCCUUGUAUACUGAUCAUAAUUUUACAUUUGAGGAUAUUUUAUGUUGCACAAAGACAAGUGAGAGUUAUUAACUCUCUAAUGAAGGGUGGAAAAUGUGUAAUAGAAGGAUCUGUGAGGAGGAAAUCGGAGUACAAGUCUGCACUGACUUUAGGAAUCAUAGUGGCAAUUCAUUUGCUUUGCUGGAUUCCGUACUAUAUAUUGACUCUAACAGACAACACAGUGAUCCCACCCAAUACAGCAUAUUUUCUAAUAUGGGUCUUGUAUGUUAAUUCAUGUCUAAAUCCGAUUAUUUAUGCUUUAUUUUACUCCUGGUUUAGAAAGUCAGUUAAACACAUCUUAACUCUUAAAAUAUUUCUGCCAGCAUCCUCUCGAGUCAAUUUUUUUACAGAUCACCGUUAAUUAUUUUUUUUAGCACAAUUUGUAUUUAAAACUCGUAAAAUCCAAAAUCUGGACUAAA